CGGUCACCCUCCUUCCUAUGGCCACUUUAGUACUGCAUAACCAGUACAUCGUUCACCCGCCAGAUACUCUGUUUGAAAUUCAACUAUCCAGGAAACGCUUAUCCCCUCUCGCGGCUGUCCCAUGAGUGUAUAAGUAUAAGUGAAGGAGCUGAGCUGAAGUUAAGCUGGCCCCAAAACAAUAUGUAGGCUCUGCUACUGUCGUCGUAUUGUUUCCAGUCGACUCAUAAGGUCCUAUGAAUCGAUGGGAAUUGGAUUGGACAGACUGUCAGGAUGGCAGAGAACUUUUUAAUGGAGGCUUGUGUGGACUCCGUGGAGUCUGCUGUCAAUGCUGAACGAGGAGGUGCAGGUCGACUUGAACUGUGUUCUAGUCUUUUGGAGGGAGGACUCACUCCCAGUCAAGGUCUGUUGCAGGUUGUGAAGCAGAAUGUCAAAAUUCCAGUCUAUGUGAUGAUAAGGCCUCGUGGGGGGGACUUCCUGUACUCAGACCAGGAAGUGGAGGUGAUGAGGAAGGACAUAGAGCUGAUGAAGAGCCACGGGGCCGACGGACUAGUGCUGGGAGCCUUGACAGAGGAUGGACAGGUGGACACGGAGCUCUGUAUGGAGUUACUGGCUGCUGCUCGACCGUUGCCUAUCACCUUCCACCGAGCUUUUGACAUGGUUAAUGACCCAGUGGUGGCUCUGGAGACACUGAUAUCAUUAGGGUUCCAGCGUCUGUUGACAAGUGGCUGUGACAAUUCUGCUUUGGAGGGCCUCCCUCUCAUUAAACGGCUCAUUGAACAAGCUAAAGGUAGAAUUACCAUCAUGCCAGGAGGUGGUAUAACUGAGCGUAACCUGCAGAGAAUUUUAGAGGGGUCGGGAGCUGAAGAGUUUCACUGCUCAGCCCGCUCCAGUAGGGAUUCUGCCAUGAAGUUCAGGAACACCUGUGUGACAAUGGGAGCUACUUUCUCAGCACCUGAGUAUGGCCUGAAGGUGACCGAUGUGAGAAAGGUCCGAACUCUUAAUGCAAUAGCCAGAAAUACCAUGUAAAUGGGAAUUGGACAAUCGUGUCAGACAACAAAACAGAUACCUCAAAAGUAUUUAUACUGGUAUGUCAAAAAACAUUUUUUUUUCUUUAUCACUGAUUAAACAGUCCUUUCAAAGUUAGAGCUCGGGGAAAGCCCCGCAACCUUCUGGGAUAUGCAGUUAAAGCAUCUCACAGUGGAGAGUGAUUAAUCAUUUACAUUUAGUAUUGUGCACUUGUUUUGGGCUGUCCAAUUCACAAUACUAAUUUUAAAUUUAUGUUUUAUAAUUGCCAUAUAGUUGACCACCUCUGUAUUUAUUUACAGCACUCCCCAUUUAACAGUGGAAAAUAACGUAAAGUUGUGGCCUCCUGUACUUUAUUUUUUAACAAGGGCUAAAAACAUUGUGACUUGAUUCAGUUUUCUCAGAUUUCAAUUAAAGCCCAACACGUUGAACAAUUCAGUGUACUAUUGUCCAAUGUUGUCAAAUAUUACAAAUGCUACAAAUAAACCAGUCUCUUAUUAAUUUCACCUUUAAUGCAUCAUUCAUACACAUUAGUUUUAAUUGUUGUUAAUGAGGUAUAAGAGGUUGGAGAGUCAUGUUACUAUUGUCACUAAUAUCCAGCCAGGCUGUACUGAAGUGACCAAUUUGAGUCCAUAACCUGUGAUGGCCUUCAUCCAUUGGGCGAAUCAAUAGAGAGGUAGAGUCCCCUUCAAGUGGACCAUGGGACCUUAUUUAGAG